AUGCGUCGGUCCAGUCCCUCAGCUGUGGAGAAACAAUGGAUCCUGGACGUCAACGACGACGUGAACAGAGAAGCGCAGGUGAAGAGAGCUUCCAGAGCACCACAAAGUCUCCAAAACGUGCUGCCCUCUAUAGACCCACAUCCCUCUACAUGUGACACGCCAAUAAUGAGCAAGAUCGACGUGUCAAACCCAGCCACAGUGCCAAAGAGGAAGAACCCGAGGCCGGAUUGA